GAAGAUAUUUAAAGCAGGGCGGACGAACAGCGCGAUACUUCCUCAGCACCCGGAGGGAAUACAAAUGGUACCGGCUGAAACCGCAGAAAGUGGAGCAAGGCAAGUAUACACCCCGCAGGAAGGAAGAAUAAUGAUUAAGAAAUUAAAAAAAAAAAGGCGUUACUUAGGCCGGCACAGAAACGAAAGGCAACACACUGACGGCGGCAAACGAGCCGUGCCCGCCUCCGCCCUGCCGGGGCUGCCCGGGCGGGGGGCGCUGAAGCAGCAGUUGCCGGGUCCAGCGCGGAGGAGACGACAGCGAGAGCCGUCCGUCCUUGUCACGUCCGCCUUCCCUUCGUCCCUGCCCGCCGCUAUGUCCAACUACAUCCACGUCCCGCCCGGCUCCCCCGAGGUGCCCAAGCUGGACAUCACAGUCAGCGAGCGGGAGGGGCCCGGCUGCCGUCAGGGCGCCCUGCAGCUCCUGCGUCGCUUGCGGCCCCACUGGAGACCCGAGGAGGUGACGCUGCAGCUGUUCACUGAUGGAAUCACCAAUAAACUAAUUGGCUGCUACGUGGGUGACACAACAGAUGAUGUGGUUCUAGUUAGAAUCUAUGGAAAUAAGACUGAGCUCUUAGUUGAUCGAGAUGAGGAAGUGAAGAGUUUCCGUGUGUUGCAGGCCCAUGGCUGUGCACCUCAGCUAUACUGUACUUUCAAUAAUGGCCUGUGCUAUGAGUUCAUGCAGGGAGAAGCACUGGAUCCAGAGCAUGUGUGCAAUCCUGAUAUUUUCAGACUUAUUGCCAAACAGCUUGCUAAAAUCCAUACUAUCCAUGCGCACAACGGUUGGAUCCCUAAAUCAAACCUCUGGUUGAAGAUGGGAAAAUACUUCUCUCUUAUACCCACAGAAUUUGCGGAUGAAGAAGUAAAUAAAAGGUUUUUAAGUGAAAUUCCAAGUCCUCAAGUUCUUCAGGAAGAGAUGGCCUGGAUGAAGGAAAGACUGUCAAAUUUAGGAUCACCAGUGGUACUCUGUCACAAUGACCUGUUGUGUAAGAAUAUUAUUUACAACAAGAAACGAGGUGAUGUGCAGUUCAUAGACUAUGAGUACUCUGGAUACAACUACCUGGCUUAUGAUAUUGGCAAUCACUUCAAUGAAUUUGCAGGAGUAAACGAAGUAGACUACAGCCUUUAUCCCAACAGAGAAUUACAGGAACAAUGGCUGAGAUCUUACCUUGAGGCCUACAAAGGAUAUAAGGGAUUUGGCACAGAAGUUAGUGAGAAGGAAGUUGAAGUUCUAUAUGUUCAAGUCAAUCAGUUUGCACUGGCUUCCCACUUCUUUUGGGGAUUGUGGGCUCUAAUUCAAGCCAAGUAUUCCACCAUUGACUUUGAUUUUUUAGGGUAUGCAAUUGUUCGUUUUAACCAGUAUUUCAAAAUGAAGCUGGAAGUCACGGCAUUAACUCUUCCUGAGUAAAGAAGAGGAAUGAAGUUACCAAGUGGAUAGACAACCCCUGAAUCUUUUCUGAGAAUGGAUACUGGAAAAAAAAAGCUAAACAUUUGUUGAAGUUCUGUAAUGCUCACUUGGUGGUUCUUGCUUUAUAAAUAAUGCCUCUAAACAGUCCUUCAAUGUUAAAUUUAAUAUGAAGAACAUACGUACUGCUGUUGAUAUAAAAAUGGAUUAGAAACUUGCUAAAUCUAUAAAAAGUUGUAGAAAUGGCAGUUUAAUCCUUUUUCGUAAUUUAACAUGUUGUAUGUGAAUUAUUUAUUAUAAGUUUAACAUGAUUCCAUUGCUGCUUUCAUCAGUUUUUGUAAAAGUUGGGUGCAGACAGUGAAGUUGUUCCAAAGGAUUUGUUUAACAGCUUAUUUUAUUGAGUUGCAUUAACUUAUAUUAGAAAUCUACACAGUUGAGGAUAUUAACCUUUUAGAUCUAUACAGGCACAAUGUGACUGAGAUACUGGUCACUAGUAUGUAGUAACUAGGGGAAAAGGUUAGGAUGAUUGUUUUUUUAAAAAAAAAAAAGUUAGCUUUCCAUCUUAUGGUACUUACCUUUUGUAUAAGAAUCAACCUGCUUGCUGAAAUGAUAAAAAAAAAAAAGCUUUCCUUUCUGUGUGUUAAGCUGUAGAAAUGUGAAAGUUCUGUGGCCAUCAGAUUAUUUGAGAUUCUGUACCAUCAGUGUUAGAUGGGAAUGUACCAUCUCUAACUUCUGUAGGAAAGCUGCUUGUUAAGUGUAUUUUUUUAAACAGAAGACCACUAUUCCAAAAUCUGUAUUCCUUUUUGAAACUUGAUUCAAAAUUUGAACACUAUUCUGGUCUCUGAUGUGCUUCAGCAGUGUCUAAUGGAAUGGACUAUUGAACUGAAGAUCAGUGAACAGAGAUCCUGUUGCACUGGGGAGCAAGACAUUAGGUUUACAGUUUGUGUAUUGUUGAUGUCUUUUCCUUCUGCUCUGUCACCUUCUAACCUUGGAUUCUAGUCUUACAUGCUUGGUCCUGUAGUUGAAAAUUCUGUAUGUCUGUUUUUCUUCUGUGGCAGCAAAUUAUUUUUCAAAGUCUCCAGUUUGAAGGAUAACAUGAAAAAGUAUGACUUGAACAAUGGGGCUUUGAUCAUCACACACAUCUCCUUAUAGCUAUUAUACCAAGAAUGGUCUGGAUCACAAAAUGUGAAUAGAAAAAAUGUUUACUGAAGAAAACCAUGUGUAAAUUUGAGUGGAAAAGAGGCUUUAAAUCUGAGGCGGGGAGGGGGAAGAAACCCACAACAAAAAUAAAACCCAACAAGGCGGUUUGGAGUUGGGCAGGCAUAUACUCAACUCUGGAAAUACUUUGCACUUUGGUUGCUUAAGUGCCCACAUGUACAAAGUCUGUGUGUGUGCAUAUACACAUGCAAACACAGACUUACCUGAAGAGUAAAUAUUAUGGGGGGGUCUUUUGUAGAGACUCUGGCAAAGAUAUUUAUUCAAAAUUGCUUUAUGACAUACUGUUGUGUGUAUGUGCAUACACAUUUAAAUAACAUACACAUACACAGUGCUUUACAAAAUUUUUGAUUCAGGACAAAGUUAAUGUGAAUGAAAAAUUUUCACCUUGAAAGACCAUCUUGAAUGGCAUUCUGUUAUUUUACAAAAGCAAGGUUUGGGUUUUUUUCCUCUUAACUUGUUUUUAUUCAUCUCUGAAUGUUUCCAUUUUUUUUAUUUCCUUCAGUCAAAACCUUAAACUGUAAUACAAAUGGGAUAACUGGGAUUUUUUUUGUAACUUGAAGUUGGGUAAACCUUUCUGUUAGCAUUUUUUAGCUGGAGGCUACUAUACUGGACAAACUUUCUUGGUAGUGAAAUAGAAACAUAUAGCUAAAAUUCAUGUAUUUUCAUUUAUAGCAGAUACUGAGGAUGUUGCUAGAGCUCAUAAAAGCACUGAAGACUCUCUUGUGUUCCGUACUUCCUCCCUCUAGGCAUGAUUGACAUACUUCAAAUAAUACCCUGCUGUCUUGGUGUGUAGUCCCUUUAAGUUCAGCAAGAUGCCUUUGGAAGUAAGGUUGAUCAAGAUUUUAGGACUUGAUUACUAUUCUUCAGAUGCUGGCUUUAUUUCUGGUGGUGUUGCUUUGUGUUUGUAAAGUACGUGAAGGAGGCUGUGACGUUCACUAGGUCUUGGGAAAUCCACCACUUGACAGAUCCUGUCUAACUUUCCCAACAGCUGGCAAUCCACAUUCCCUUUUCAAGUACCAGCUCUGUUUAAGCUUGGAGUUAAUGUAUCUCUUUUUCAGUAGUAUUUUGUUUAUAUAGCUCAAGUAGCAAUAACUGUAGGAGUGGAAACUUGCUUCUGCAGAACCAAAGCUCUUCAUGAGUGCAGCUCAAUCUCAUUCUUGUGGAGCUGUCAAGUUCCACUGAAUCCCAUGAAAGCACUUUCAAGCAGAUAGUAAAUACUGCAUGCUUUUUCUGAGCCACUUUGAAGAAGCACAAGGAUUAUCACAGGUUAGUGGUCAACUUUGCAGUACUGAUAGAGGCUUUCAUUUUGCAUGUUGAAGUUCAUUUUACACACUUAAAUACUGCUUUGCAUCAGCUUUCUCUCAAGACAAGUACAGAUUAAAACAAUUCCUGAUAAAAAUUCCUGAUAAAAGUUCUGAGAAAAUACUGUAAACUAUUUCUGAAAAUGAAAUGCCAGUUGCCUUGAUUCUUGUUCCACAUCAGAUUUAGCCAGUAGCACUCAGAUAUUCUCACUUGCAAAGGAAUAUUUACAGACACGUUAAGUUUGAAGCAGUAGUUUGCAAAAGUACUGCAAAUUAUAAGGUAGCUUGAAACUGUGAAUACAGGACAUUCUGAAUGUAAGUUAGGUACUAAAGCACCAAACUAGAGAACGCGUACUUGUUUCAAUUAGUUUUUCUAGUUUUUCUCAGUCUCUUAAUAGCAACUUAAAAAUGUUUAAAGGAGGACAAAAAAAAAGAUAAGAAGACUGAGCUCUAGAAACAUCCUGUAGUCGUUUUGACUGUGACUUGCCAAGAAGAUACUCUGCCUUUAUGUUAAGCUAAGGGCAUGAAUGCCAAAAUCAAUAAUUCUUAUUGUAGUUAGACCUAUAUUGUAAAUAUCAAGAGGGUUAUUAGUAAUGGCAUUCUUGCAUAAAUAGCAUCAAGUUAAUAGACCAUAGUGGCCUGGUUGCUUUUGUAAAGCAGAAUAGUGUGAAUUUUUUUCUUCUCAUUUCUGCAGUCAGAUCUGGCUAAUCAGUACUUAAUUUCUUAGGUCAUUAAAGAUUUAUGAAUAACUAAUCUGUUCUCAUAUAAUUUUAAAUUCCUUCAUUUACACUUGAUUUGCAUUUAAAAAGGAAUUACCAAAUUUGUAUUAACCAGGUCUGACUGUAUAUGUAUAUACAACAGUGUAAAUAACCAUUUGUAAAUUAGUGUGAAUUGUACUGUACCUCGCUUUUAUGGACUUGUGAAUUGCAUUGUAUUCUCUCUUAUUUUGUAGAAAUUUUGAUGUAAAGAAGAAAUCUAACUCCGUGUGCUGACUUCUUCUGUUAAAAUGACCUGUAACAGAGCAUAAUACUUUUUUGUUUGUGUAUAGCCUUGGCACCCAGUGUCUUUUUUUUCCCUGUUAGCUUUUUAACAUCUUGCUCUUGGGAAUGAUUCUGGGAAUAAAUUAAUUGAUACAGUGCUAAGAUAAAAAGGAAGUCUAAUAGGGCAAACAGUAUCAGAGGUACAUGUUAAGUACCUAUGGUAUACAGAAGGCUGUUAAAAUGUUUACUUAAAAUUCCAAAAAUUUCUUAUACAUUCUUGAAUGCUGGUGACUUCUAAACAUAAGCAUGUUGAAUUGAAGUACUCCUAAGUGUGCGCUCCUGUGGUGUCAGCGACUGAGUUAGUUGUGAUAGAAGUCUCCUAACUUAAAUGUUUUUGGUGGAUAUAGACUUAUAGGAUUAGUUGCUAUCUUGUAAAUGCUUAUAAGAACCCCCCAGAUCACUCAAAUAGUUCUGCCAGUCAUUUUUCUCCAUGCUAGAACUAUUGGUAGUCCCUUUAAACUAUUUGAAACUUACCUGAGGAGGUAUUAUUCCUGUGUGCACUGCGUUCCCUCCACAACCCCCAAACCCUAGUUCGUUGGGGGAAAUGUGAAUAUAAAAGCUUCCUUUCCAUACUUAAUGAUUGAUAUUUACUUUUUGACUACAAUUGUUCUACUUUAUCAGUAUAUGAGUUCUCAUCAGAAUUAUUUUGUGUGAAGUCCCUUGCUGAAGAGGCCUUUGAUCUUGAAGUGAUGCAUAGACAGUUGUCCUCAAAUACCCAACUGUAUUUUGUUACUGUUGCCUUUCACUGUCAGUUUUGAACUACAUAGUGUCCUUCAAGCUGUUAGUCUGUUCUUGUCACUGCUGUAUUUAGUAAUUCUGCUGGAAAAUGUCAGUGUGCAAAUCUCAUUGUCCAUCUGACAAAUCAAUUUUGAUAUGGUUUGUACAUUGUCAGCUCUACCUGCACCAGAUGUAAGGUACACAUGCUUAUCAGUGUUAACACUUACUGUUACUGGGGUCCUUGGAAUUGAGUUUGUCAUGGAAGUGUUAGUCAAGAGGUAGGAUGGGCUCAGUAAGUUUAAGUAAAAAGAAAGUUCACGUGGAAAUUAGAGCUUCAGCUUUUGAUGUGGUAAAAUAUUCAGUAUGUUUAUUGCGUGGUUUAAGGACAAGAACAAACCAGGAAAGUUUGUUUCACAGUUCAGAUUUCUUUUAAAACAUUUGCUAGCUAGCAAAAGUUUAUGCUCUUUGUUUGAAAUUCCUGCCAAAAGGAGUCUUAAAAUAAGGUGAUUGCUUUUCUAAUUAAAGAAAACUUUUCUAUAACCAACUGGAAUAUAAUCUCUGGCUCGGGGUAGUUUUCCCUGUAGUUUAUAGUGGAGGCUGGCCACAUCCUAUCUGUUUAUUUUAGGUAGCUGUCUAUUCUUGACAUGUUUUAAUGUUCUUGUUCUUAAAUGCCUUUUGAGGUGUGCUAGAUGAUUACUCAACUACUGGAAUUAGCUACUGGCUCUUAUCUCUUCCACACCUGCCAGGUUGUAACUAUUGUAGCAGAACAGGAAGCUUUUGAUUAAAUCUACAGGCAAUGUCAGGCUGGUGCUGAGAAGUGUUGCAGUUGACUCCCACCUUUUUUAUUACUGUAGGCUGCAUGCUGAUUGUUUUCAUUAGAUAUAAAAGAUAAAAAGCCAUGACCUUUGGUCUUGUGCAAAGCAGGACUUUUGUUAUCCAGCCACAUAAGUUAAAGGAACUCUUGGCAGUAAGAAACCAUGCAAACCUAGAUAGGCAUGUCAGAAGAAACUAACUUUUUUGUGGCCUUUAGAUCCCUGGACUGGAAAGGAAAACGUGCAAAUUGUAUGUGCCAUUUGCAUGGAAGUGCUAUAAGUGAUGUGGUGAGACAUUGCAAAAAGCAUUGCUUAAUUUUUAUAGUGACUCUUCCAAGCGAUCUGUACAGUUUGUUGCCUUGACUAGAGACCAGUCAAUUUAGGGGAUGGAGAGGGAAGAGACAUUGUAAAAGAUAACCUGUAUGUUAAGAUCUGCGUACAGCUCGUUAAUUUACAACAUUCAAGUGUGUUUUGGGUUGGGCUUUUUCACUUGUUUAACAGUAUAUGUAGUUUUCUGUAUGAGAUUCUUUAAUAAUCAUUUAUCCUUUUUAAAUAGAUGAUAAAAACUGACUGGAAUAGGCUUGAAGUCUGACCUUAGAACAGGUGGCCAGACUUUACCGGGUUAACAAAUUUCUGAUACAAGAUCUUAUACAAGUUGUUUCUGUAGCAUCUGAAAAAUUGUUGAACUCCUGUCUCAGGUUCCCUAUUGUGUGGAAUUUUAGUUUGUGCAACUCCCCAAAAUGUUUGAUUUUUAUGCUCAUGGACCUAGGGAAAAUCUAGUGGGAAUUAAAAGCUGUGCAAACGGUUAGAAAGCACAUGUUACUGGAAAUCUAAUGAAGUUUAAAAAUAAAUUUUGAAAUACAUUCAGGUAUUGCACUAGUCUACUGUUGUUGAAUUAAAACUGCAUUUUUCUAAGUAUUUUUUCUAUAUAGCAUAGAUCUGUGCAAAACACAAGAUGAGAGACCAUGGAAGAGAGACAUUAAAAUGUAACAUAAAAUGCCAUAAAAUGCAGAGUAAAUUGGUAAAAAGAUUUCUUAACUGUUGGUGAAAGUAACUGUUAAUUUAUCAAGAAAAGGUAGGUGUCAAGUGUGACAGACUUUUUUCCUUUUUUUUGGUACAAAUGUUGUUCCUAACAUGUUGUAUCUCAGAUACAAUCUGCGGUAGUCAGUAAUGCUGCUUUGUACACAAGUGCUUUGAAUAGUCUCAGCACCGAGAAUGUAUCCAAUCUUUAAUAUGACUUAAAAGCUAGAUUCAUUAGUUCUGUCUCAAACCUCUUAAUCCAGCUAUCUAAAACUCUUUAAACACUUGCAGAAACAGGGCCAUAGCGUAUUAGGGAUAUAUUCCUUUGUGUCUUUUUUCACUGCAUAUUUUCCAGUGUUCUGUUAAACAUGAAUCCAUUUAUGUGCUGUGAAUAAAACAAGUUGAAUUUAAAAAGCAACCUUUUAUCAUCUUCCAGCACUGUCAUCCUCCCUGUAAGCCCCCAUGACCCUUCUUGUAUGUUGUGGAGUUUAGAUGCAUCAUUUAUCCAUUGGAGUGAACUGUAUUUCUUUUGAACUACAUGUUAUUGAAGCUAUAUUAUAAGGCCUUCUACCACUGAUCAAAUGAAGUAAUGUACCUUUCAAAGAGAUUUAUAUUGUGUAAAUAAUUUCAAACUGCAACAAUAAAGUUUGUUUCUAACUGCA